GUACGAUUUGUCGGGUGCGGUGGCAUCCUUGCCUGGUAUUCACUAUCCUGCAUUCACUGCCUUGCAGUCUUUACAGUACGCUACGCGCAAGAUGGUCUUACUGAUCGUGUUCCUUGGCACAGAUCACAAUGUCGCACCACAUUCGGACGUUGUCCCGGUGCGCCACCGACAAUUCCGUGUCCAACCGCUGCGAAACGGAGGAUAUUUCUCUCGCUUCCGAUGUCGACGAAGUCCCUCGAUGGGAUUACCAAGUAUGCCGAAUGCUACCCAGCCGACAGCUGUCAAAAUGGAGGAGCCGUCCAUUACUAGAGGCGGCUCUCGGCACGAGAUGCCCCAAAGCCAUCUAGGUAUGUCCGAGCUCUUGUUAUGCCCGUCAGUGGCAUAUUCGCGGGGAGAAUAUGUCUUGAGCGUGACGAGUCCGAGUUCUGGUCCAGCGACGAAGGACUAGACAUUGUCUUGCCCAGACUGCAGAGCCUAUUUGGCGAGUCGUAAGAUGGCGGAUGGGGGUUACGGUCCUGGUCCAGACGAGGCUUCGACAUCGUGGACUUCCAGGCGAAGUCGGUACACGACAAGCGAUGGUUAGCGAUGGUUCACCGGAAUUACGGCAACCGCAGGCAGCGAGACCUGUAGAGUGUUAGCGUAGCUCACAUUGCUAUGUGCGCCUUCGUUUUAUAUGCCCACGAUCCCUGUACGGCUUUGAUCCUCUUUGACCCCAACUACGCCAAGCCGUCCAUUUGCU